AUGGAAACUGCAUUUAAUCGUGCAAAAGAACUAGUUAGUAAUUUGAAUAUAUUACCUUCAUUAAAGAAAUGCAAUACUUGUGAACUUAAUAGUUUAAGUAAAAAUAUAUUUGAUAGUAUUAGAUUCAACAUUAAUUCGGAUACUUAUUCGGCAACGGAUGCAGAUUCUUCAUCAGAUUCUGAAUCUGAUUAUGAUGAUGAAACAAUGGAAAGUAAUGAGUUUAAUAGUGAUCUAAUCAAUGUGGAUGAAGAAGAUAAAGAUGCGGCAACGACACAAAGUGUUGAUGAAAUUAAAACUGAGAAAAUAAAUUUUACUGCAAAUAAUAUUGUUGAAGGUUUCACUACAACAGCUAACCAUUUCACAGUUGAAGAAGAAAAUGAUGAAUUUAAAUGGAAUGAUUCAAUUAGUACUUUGUACAAUAAUACAAAUGGAACAGGUAGUUCCAUUAUCACAAAUUAUGAUCCAUAUUUACACGGUGAAUAUUUACAAGAUGUAAAUAAUAGUGCAUUUUUUACGUCAAAAGCAAUUGUUCAAGAGCAAGAAUUAACAUCCAGCAAUAAUUCAAAUUAUUUGAAUAGGGAUAACAGUAAAACAUUUGAAAGUUUUACAAUUCAAACUGAAGAUCAUAUGAACAAUUGGUUCAAUCAAAGCAAGUAUUGAUUUAAUUUAAAUUAUCCAUUAUUUUUAUUUUAGAUGAUAACCACAGUAGAUCCAAAUAAAGUAAGCAUUUUUAUACUUUAAAUCAAUUAUUUAUUUUUAUUUUAGACAACAACAACGAUUAAGCCAGACACAAUAAACAUUCAUUUAAUAAAAGAUUUUUUUUACAUAAUUUGAUGUAUUUAGUGGAUUUAUUGGUUUAUGAAUUAAAAUCAAAAUUAUUUAUUUAUUUCGAUCGAUCAUUUAGUCAAUUGAUUGUUUAUACAUUAAGAUUCAAAUUAUUUAUUUACUUAUUUAUUUAUAUCAAUUGGUAUAUUUAGUGGAUUUAUUGGUUACGUAUUAAAAUUAAAAUUAUUUAUUUAUUUCAAUUGAUGUAGCUAUAUAAAUUUAUUGUUUAUUAAUUAAAACCAAAAUUGUUUAUUUAUUUGAUUUGAUUCGUUUAUGUCACUUUAUUGGUUAUGGAUUAAAAUUAAAUUUAUUUAUUUAAAUUAAUGCAUUUGUCGAAUUUAUUGAUUAUGAAAUAAAAUUAUAAUUAUUUAUUUAUCUAAGUUGAUGCAUUUAUGAGAAUUUAUUGAUUAUGAAUUAAAAUUUUAUUUAUUUAUUUAAAUUGAUGCAUUUAAUGGAUUUAUUGA